CCUCGUAAUCAUAACUGCAUAGUCUUUGUAUUAAAACGCCAUAUUCAUCAAUGACACACACAAAAUAACAACCAAAUAUCUUAUGUAAUUAAUUUGAAAUAAAAAUAGGGAGUGCAAAUUAUUAUAACUAGUGAAUUGUUUUCCUACAAAAAUUACUGUCCAUAUGAAGUAAGCUGACUCCAAAAUAAGUCGAUUUUUGGGGGGGUCAAAAUUAUUAUUUGCAAGGGACCGCCUGAAUUUAUAGACUAACCACUAGCAUAACAAACUCUCGUGGCGAAGAGCUGGCGCUCAGCUCAGCGCAUCGAAAUGACCACCAAUACCAGCGCCGCGAAUUCGAUCGAAGACAGUAGUUGAUGCGAGAAUCAUCAGAGAGUCUGAACUGUUUCGCUCCGACCAAGCUUAUUCCGAAAGCUUCUUGGAUUUCUUUUGAUGUUGAUAACUCGAUCUGCGAGCGCCAAUUUGUGAACAUUUCCGCUCAGUACACAUUUACUUCACUUGAUUCUUGAGUGAGCUAUUCAUGGGUUCUAUGGUAAGGAGUUUAUUCUACAGACCAGUGGUCAAUAGACAGCUUGUUUGUUGUUUCGGUCAACUAUACCACUUUUGAACGGGGAACACUGGGCUUCGCUACCACGCAAAAUCUGGAAUAGUUCCAUUACCAGAGAUGAUUCUCUGAUCUUCGCAUUAUCUUCUCCCUAGGAAAAUUCCUUUGAUUCAUAAUAUGGAUAAUUCAGAUGAGAUCUGGAAUACAAUUCGAACACAACUGCUUUCUCUUAUUUCGCUUGAGUGAAAUAGUUUGCGACCUUUUGUCGACGAGUCUCUUCCACCACUGGCGCAGGAGUCAAACACUGCUGGUCUCCGCUGGAGUUGAUCGGCUUGCAGAGGGUUCUCUCACGCAGAGCUCUGGCGUGCUGUGAAUCGACUGUCCGUGUAGUGGAGGGGACGUGUACAGCCAUGCUGUGGUGGGAUAUAGUCGUUGUUUUAGUGCUGGUUUUCUUGCCUUGGCCGUGGGGUGUUGCUUCAAACAUGCAACACCUUAGAGAGCAGCUCAACUGUCAUACUCACACACAGGGAACAAAUUCGUUUUUAUGGCAAGUUCGACGACAUCCGCCUGCCUAUUUUCUGGGGACAAUACACGUACCAUACACACGUGUGUGGGAUUAUAUUCCUCAAAAUACCAAAGUUGCUUUCCAAGAAAGCGAAAAUAUAUUUGUCGAACUGGAUCUCACGGAUCCCAACACGAUGUCGGAGUUGGCGAACUGUCAGUUGUUGCCAAACGGGGAAAACUUGAGCGACGUCCUACCACAUGGUAUGUACCGGAGAUUAAAAACUCAUCUUCAGUAUGUGAAGCGGAUGAUGCCGCAAUGGUUGAGCGCUGAUCAACGAGGUCGAGCGUUCUACGCCGAUUACCUCUUCGAAGCCAUCGUCGGCAACUGGGAACGAAAAAGACCUAUUUGGGUCAUGCUGGUCAUCGAUUCGUUGACGGAAGCCGACAUUAAAUCGAGAGAAAUACCAGUAUUGGAUUUAUAUUUGGCCCAGGAGGCCACGAGACUCAAUAAAAGAACCGGGGCUGUUGAACAAGUUGAAGAACAAUGCAUUCCUCUCAAUGGAUUAAACUUCACCCAGGAAAUAUUCGCUUUGAACCAAACAUUGUGGCAUCAGGAGAGAAUAAGGGCUGGAACCAUUAGACAGACGGCCACGUUAGAAGAUCUUAUAUGGCAUUAUAACUGUGGGGAUCUCAACUUAGCAACAUUCAGCCAAGACACAGCUCAGGUUCCGAGUAUGCAAAAUACCACCCUGACUCUGGAGGAGAUUGAAUUGGCCAAUCAGAUUGAUCGUUAUUUCCGUCACGAGUUGAUCUAUAAGAGGAAUCGUCGGAUGGCUAUGAGGGUGAAGGCAAUCCUGGAAGCCAAGCCGAAACAAAGUUUCUUCUUUGCGUUGGGCACAGGUCACUUUCUAGGCAAUCAUACAGUGUUUGACUUCUUACGGAAAGCAGGCGUUGAGGUCUUCAAUGUACCAACAGACACACCACUUAAUAGUUCUAAAAGCUCGCACAGUUCAGCGGACGGUGUGGACGGGGAGGGCGAGGAAGCAAGUGAGGGCAGCAGUCGCAAGCAUAGAAAGCGGGACAGGAGACGGAAAAAGAAGAGGCAACGACUAGGAGAGCCAGAGAUUGGUCAUGUCAUCUCAGUACCUGUUCCGGUUAGGGCGGAAAAUAAUAGACAGUUCAAUGAACUUUGGAUUCCUUUAGAGAGGAUAAGUGAAGUCCCAUCAAGUAGAAGUCCUCAAAAAGAUGACAGUCGCGUCACGGCGAGGCCAACGCAAAUAUACGCAGCCCACAACCUCCCCAGCGUCUCAGCGGGCAGUGGGGGCAGCAGACAGUCCGUCUCUUCUAUUCUCUACCUCUCACUUGCAUUACACAUAGUAUUGUAUAUUUUAAGUCGAGUAGAUAGAUAGUGUUAAACCAUGGUGUCCAAGUGUAUGGUGUAUUCUAGUUCUGCUUCAGAACCAAUAGGUUAUAAAUCCUCAAUUAGACUUAAUGCCUUUUGCCCCUAAUAGAUAAAUUUGGAUAUGCAAUGUUCACAACUGGGAGUAUUUCAUGAAACGCAAAGUUAGUUUCACUGGCUUUUGUUAAAAGCUACUGAAAUUACUGAAAUUGGCAAUUUGCUAGAAGAAAUAACUAUUUCAUGAAACACUCCCAUAUCAUUCAUCUGCCAAAUGUCAAAAGAACAUUCUAGAAUACAGAACGUCCUUCUGCCACUAAAGAAAUGAUACGUGCAUUGGUAACUUGGCUAUUGUCAGGGGAUAAUAGAUAGAGAGAUAUAUAUAUUACUAAGGGAUAUAUUAAGAAUCAUACAUAUAUAUAUUUAUAUUUUUUCGCUAAAGUACGGCUCUAUGAGUUGUAUUUGAUUAUGCUAUGGUGCAAGAAUGAUGUGAUUUUUUAAAUUGUAUGUUCAUUUAUGAAGCCUGGGGUCUGUUUCAUGAAAAGUUAAAUGUAGCAUGCAUCUUCUCAUCAAUGUAGUUAUGUGUUAAAA